UCACCCCCAUCAUCUAGACACCGGGCCAGACAUUCGUUUCGUCCCCCCCCCUUCUGUGCUACAUCACAGCACUCUUAUCCAACUCAUUUCUUUCACCAUGAAGGGCUCCGCUGCUGCGACGGCCCUCGCCCUGGGGGCCUCCUCCGUCCUCGCGGCGCCUUCCAUCCAGGCUCGCGACGAUGUCACCGCCAUCACCGUCAAGGGUAACGCGUUCUUCAAGGGCAACGAUCGCUUCUACAUCCGUGGUGUCGACUACCAGCCCGGUGGUUCGUCCAAGCUGGCCGAUCCCAUUGCGGACGCCGAGAGCUGCAAGCGUGACAUCGCCAAGUUCACCGAGCUGGGCCUGAACACCAUCCGGGUGUAUUCGGUGGACAACUCCCAGGACCACGACGAGUGCAUGAACGCCCUGGCGGAUGCUGGCAUCUACCUGGUGCUUGAUGUCAACACCCCCAAGUACUCGCUCAACCGUGCGGACCCCGCGCCCUCCUACAACGACGUGUACCUGCAGUACAUCUUCUCCACCAUUGACAAGUUCGCCAGCUAUAAGAACACCCUGGCGUUCUUCUCGGGUAACGAGGUCAUCAACGAUGGCCCCUCGUCCCAGGCUGCCCCCUAUGUCAAGGCCGUCACGCGUGACCUUCGCCAGUACAUCCGUAGCCGCAACUACCGGGAGAUCCCCGUGGGAUACUCUGCGGCCGACAUCGACACCAACCGUCUGCAGAUGGCCGAGUACAUGAACUGCGGCACGGACGACGAGCGCAGCGACUUCUUCGCCUUCAACGACUACUCCUGGUGCGACCCGUCCUCGUUCACGACCUCGGGUUGGGACCAGAAGGUCAAGAACUUCACCGGAUACGGCCUGCCCCUGUUCCUGUCGGAGUAUGGCUGCAACACCAACAAGCGUCAGUUCGAGGAGGUCGGCGCGCUGUACAACACGGAGAUGACGGGUGUCUACUCCGGUGGCUUGGUCUACGAGUACUCGCAGGAGCCCAGCAAGUACGGUCUCGUGGAGAUCAGCGGCAACGACGUGACGACCCUUGACGACUUUGAUGCGCUGAAGACGGCCUUCUCGAAGACCAGCAACCCCCAGGGUGACGGUGGCUACAACCAGACGGGUGGCGCCAACCCCUGCCCGGCGAAGGACUCCCCCAACUGGGAUGUGGAUGGCGACUCGCUUCCUGCCAUCCCCGAGCCCGCGAAGAAGUACAUGAAGGACGGUGCAGGCACGCCCGUGGGAUUCUCCGGCUCUGGUAGCAUGAACGCCGGCACCGCGUCCACCAGCACCGCCACGCCCGGCUCGGGAUCCGCCACCUCCAACUCCUCGUCCUCGACCUCGUCCGGCUCGAAGGGCACCUCGACCAGCUCCCAGGGCGCUGCGGCUGGCCUGCACGCGCCAGCCCUGACGAUGGCCCCUGUCGUGGUGGGCCUGGUGACUGUCAUGUCCACUGUGUUCGGUGCUAGCCUUGUCCUCGUGUGAUCAAGAUUGAUGGGUGAUCGUGUUUCUGUUUUUUUAUCUUUCUCUUUUGCUUCCAUUUUUUACUGGUGAUCUUUUUUUGUCAGGCUUUGCU